GCUUUGGGUAGCUCCUUCACUCUGUGUUUGUGGCAUGGUCUGUGGUGACGGAAAAUGUGUCUCUGUUUGCCUUUUCCGUUGACAUGACUACAUUGCGUACUUACAACGGCUGUUUUAUUAACAGUAAUUGACCAUGACAGGGGCACCGGAUCUCCAUGGCGAUAUCGAAACGCCACUUUUGGGAGCUCCUGAUGCAGAACAAGAAAGCCGCUCCUCCGAUUCGCGUUCGGAUUCACGAAGGAAUGCUCAAAUCAGUUGUGGCCAUCCUCGCUUGACUUGGCCCUUACGCUUCCUGUUUGCACUGAACGGAUUCACGCUCGCGUUUCCCAUGCUAGCACUCAUGUACGUGCUCAACACACGCGUGUCGAUGCCUAUUCAUCUGCUGCCGACCUACGGUGCCGUCGCAUUUUUGCCCUGUUCUUUGAAACCAAUCUACUGCUACCUGAGCUCUUACGUGGGGGAAUCUCGACGUGACGUUUGGAUCUGUGUUUUGCUGAUAGCAACGGCAUUCGCAACAGCCAUCACGGCAUGGAUUCCGCGAGACGGGGUGCUACUCUGUUUCACAUUCGCUUUUUUUCGUGGAGUUGCGACGUCUUGGCCGGAACUUUUACUCGGAUUGACCUUGAUUGAUCAAGCCUAUAGUGCCGCUGCUCUUCCAGGAUCAACAGGGAUGACUGACGGGACGUGUAUACCGUACGAAACUACGGCGGCACUCUUCCAGUCUCAGGCAGCCACUUCGCGCAACGUCGGAUCCUUGGUGGCCUCCGUUGCAGCAUUGGCCAUAUUCACUCAUCAACAAUAUCGCAAUGCAACACCCAUGAACGAAUUCACUGCCACGAUACUUCUAGUGAUGACCGGUACCACGAAUCUUGUGGGAGCUGCAGUCGCUUGGAUAUACCACGUGGGUGUCAAGGCUGCAACGGACGGUACAGACAUUGUCGGGGAUCCCUUGCCACAGGCCGUUCUGAACAACAAUGGCAGCGAUCAGGAGGGGACACAAGAUGAGACAAAAGGCGCUAUACUGCGGCAACCUUCAUACGACAGCUGCUAUUCCAACGGAGAACAUGCUCUCACUUUGGACGAGCAGACGGAAUGCAUAGCGAGAGGAAGUUGCGAGUCCGAGCGGUCGCUUCAGAAGAGUAACACAAAACUCGUCAUUCUUUUGCAAGUCACAAUAAUACUUAUUGGACUGAGGCAGCCUAUCGUGGAAGGUACAACCAGUAUGUCGUGGGGUGGUAUGCUAAUGAUGUGUAUAUUGGGGUUAACCUUUCUUGGUUACAGCGCUUUCUCUUCAGUCUUUUGGAAGCCGUACCAUUCGGCCGGUCUCUUUCUCAUACUCAAGAGCGCCGCACCGAGCGCUUCAUUUUUACUGAGUUCGUACAUGUACGUCUUGUUUGAGAGUAUGCCAGCCUUUUUGCAAUUUCUCUCUGUGAUAGACAAUUUGGUCGUUACCCUUUCAUCUUGGACAUACGGCAAGCUUUGGAGUGGUUACAGUCAAGGCGAAGCUUUGCUUUGGCUUAUGACCGGGACAACUAUUUUGGCCUCGAUGGCCUCGCUGUCCAAUAUUGCGUUGGUCACAGCAAUUCCUGCUAUGUCCUCGGUAACCUGGAAAUUUGGUGUCACACUGGCGAUCAAGGGGUUGACGGCCUUUCUGGAUGAAUGGUGUUUUCUCCCGGAAGUCGUACUGGCAACUGUGGCAGCUGUAGACUACAAAAUCACCACAAUGGCAGAAGCACAGUUGGGGCAAAAUUUUGGUGAUGGCAAAACCACAAACGGAAUUCGUUAUGGUACUCUGGUAGCCUGUUUGGAUUUAGGUGGCCAGCUUGGAGCCAUCCUCAUGGGUCCGCUGGUAUUGGCCUUGAAUGUAUCGAGAGAGAACGAUUGGAAACACUUGGAUCAGCUUAUUUGGAUAUGUUCGCUCUUCGGACUUCUUUCCGUAACGCUGAUUGGAGUGUUGCGAUAAAGACAAAGAAGGUGUCUGAUGCGAUCAUAGGGCGUGGGUGUCGCCUUUCUUUCGCAUACUAAUCAAUCAAAGGGCAUAGACAGGGAACUGGGCAAAAUGCAGGUUUUCUGCUUGUCCGUGGGUGGUUGUGGGCACUUUUCCACAAAGAGCAAGGUCUUUUACUUUGUUCCUGAACUGGCCUUGAAUUUCUUCCAGUUGUGUGCCAAAUUGAUACGGUAGGAUAUGAACCUAGAGUCAAAUCGUGGUGGAGGCGAUAGGGCAGGACUAGAGUUGGUGCCAUUGGAUUGAUACAAUUGUGCAACAGGGAGAUCAGAGCACUUCCAUUAACAUAUCGAAUAUUUGCUAUCAGACCCCAUUUUUGCU